CAUGAGUGGAGUCAGCAUGUCCAUGUUAACAGUAGGAAACCUGCUUCUUCUGCUCAUGUUGUCUGGAGCGUCAAUUGGAGCCCCCAGAACGUUCUCUGUGGAUUACCAGAAAAACUGUUUUCAGAAAGAUGGACAGCCCUUUCGAUACAUCUCAGGAAGCAUUCAUUACAACCGGAUUCCCAGAGUUUACUGGAAGGACCGACUCCUAAAGAUGUACAUGGCUGGUCUGAAUGCAAUCCAAACGUAUAUCCCCUGGAACUACCAUGAGGAGUCUCCUGGUCAGUAUAACUUUAGUGGGGAUAGAGAUCUGAUGUAUUUUCUCAAGUUGGCACAGGACAUUGGCUUACUGGUCAUUCUUCGACCCGGACCCUACAUUUGCGGAGAGUGGGAAAUGGGUGGACUACCUGCCUGGCUUCUUAACAAAAAGGAUAUUGUAUUGCGUUCAUCAGAUAAAGAUUACUUAUCAGCGGUUGACAGAUGGAUGGGGAAAUUGUUGCCAAUGAUAAAACCCUAUCUCUAUGAAAAUGGAGGCCCUAUCAUUACAGUCCAGGUAGAAAAUGAGUAUGGCAGUUACUUUGCAUGCGACUUUGACUACUUGAGGCACCUGACAGGGUUGUUUCGGGAGCACCUGGGGCAGACGGUGGUGCUCUUUACCACAGAUGGGGGCAGUGUUGGUUUCCUGAAGUGUGGGUCAAUUCAAGGACUUUAUGCUACAGUGGACUUUGGACCAGGAGCUAAUAUAACCGCUGCUUUUGAGGCACAACGGCAUGCUGAGCCUAAAGGGCCCUUGGUUAACUCUGAGUUUUACACGGGCUGGCUUGAUCAUUGGGGCUCUCAUCACUCUGUUGUGUCAACUGACGCAGUGACCAAGACUCUGACUGAGAUGCUUCAAAUAGGUGCAAAUGUCAACCUGUAUAUGUUCAUCGGAGGAACAAAUUUUGGAUACUGGAAUGGAGCCAAUGAACCGUACAGUGCUCAACCGACGAGCUAUGACUAUGAUGCUCCACUGACUGAAGCCGGAGACCUCACUAAGAAGUACUUUGCUAUACAAAAUGUAAUCAAAAAGUUUCAUAAAAUACCAGACGGCAUUAUUCCACCAACAACUCCAAAGUUUGCCUAUGGGAGCAUAACAUUACAAAAGUUGGAGACUGUGUCAGACGCUCUUGAGAAACUUUCGUACUCUGGUCCUGUCAAAAGCAUGUAUCCCCUCACCUUCACAGAUCUUCACCAGGUUUUUGGUUACGUGCUUUACCGGACGACACUUCCUGUUAACUGCAGUAAACCAACUCCACUGUCCUCUCCUCUAAACGGGGUACACGACCGGGCCUAUGUGUCUGUGGAUGGGGUGCCUGCAGGAAUUCUGGAGAGAUUCCAAACUAUAACUAUAAAUAUUACUGGAAAAGCUGGUAGUCGGGUGGACAUACUGGUCGAGAAUAUGGGGCGGAUCAACUAUGGAAAAGGAAUCAAUGACUUCAAGGGUUUAGUGUCAAAUAUGACUCUGGGAGCAGAUGUACUGACUGGCUGGACCAUGUAUAGUCUCAAUAUCGAUGAGGCAGUUAGUCAGGGGGUCCUGGGGAAGUCCGUGUCCUCAGACCCUCCUCAGCCUUCCACACUGUCUCUUCCAACCUUCUAUGGAGGCAGCUUUGUUAUUCCUGAUGGCAUCCCAGCUCUACCUCAAGAUUCUUAUAUUAAACUACCCAACUGGACAAAAGGUCAAAUUUGGAUUAAUGGAUUCAACUUGGGUCGUUAUUGGCCAGCCCGUGGUCCUCAGGUGACGCUAUUCGUGCCUAGCAGCAUCCUCAGCACCGCUGCUCCCAACAACAUCACUGUGCUGGAGCUAGAGGCGGCUCCAUGCAGCAGUGGACCCUGCUCUGUGGAGUUCACUGACACGCCCAUUCUAGGCGUCACUCUCCACUCCAAGCCAAUCAGCAGACUGUUUUCAAAGAAGGAUUUAUUAUGAGGGAAUAAAACCACAGAUGGAAUAUAAUUGUAUAAACAGUCAUGAAAACACUUUGAAUUAAUCAAUGCACCUUUUUUGCCUUUUUAAUAAUUUACUUUUUAUAGUGGUGGAAUGUAACAAAGUAAAAGUAGUAAAGUACCAUACCAUACUAUACAAUACAAAGUAUAGCAUUUUAAUUGGGAUAAUUACCAAUUCAUUUAUUUCUGUUGAACAAAAUUCAGCACAAGUCUGUGUCAGACUUCUUAAGAACUCAAAAUAUGUGCAAAAUACUUUUACUUUUUACUCUUUAAGUACAUUUUUAAAGAGGUUCUUUAAUACUUUUACUUACGUUGAUUUUUUUCUUGUAAUUUUUACUUGAUUUUUUUCUUUUUUUUUUCUUUUUUUUUUCUUUUUUUUUGCUUUAUUAUCUGUACUUUUAUCUAAGUAACAAAAAUGAGUACUUAUUCCACUUCUGGCUAAAAUGAUGCACUUUAUAAACUGUUCCUACCUCACCGAAUCAGACAAAAUUGGGCUGUUUUAUAUUUUACAGGGGAUUUGGCAUUGGUGUAUGCGUUUGUGAAUAAAUGUCAGAAAUAAAUGUCAGAAUAAAUGAUUGUACCUUG